AUGACUAUCACUCUCCACGAUGUCCAGAUGAUUCUAGGUGCCAAUGUGGAGGGACGGGUGGUCGCGCCUAGGUACGACGAGGUCAUCGAGCGGACAAACUGCGUGUAUUUGUUGUCCGAGGUAUUAAACCUCGAUUUUGAGGAGAUUGACGAGUCAUGGAAGCAUGGGGGCCCCACAUGGAGGAUGAUACAUGGACAUUUGUUGAUGCCCGACACGCCCAUGAGACGGCGAGUUCAGAUAUAUGUGGUGUUUCUCCUCGGAUCGAUUUUAUUCCCCGACAAGACAUAUGAUCGGGUGAAGUCGUGGUAUAUGCACGUGCUCGAGGAUUCAGUGCUUGAUGAGGUCGGCACGUAUUCAUGGGGUUCGGCAUGUUUGGCCAAUCUAUACAGGAAGCUGGGUAUAUGCAGUCGAGCACAGUCGAGGAGCUUGGCGGGUUGCACCACCCUUCUUCAGUGUUGGAUAUUCGAGUAUUUCCCGAGAUUCCAGCCGUCGGAGGAGAGCGAGCGGUACCUGGCUACUGUAUGGUCGGGAUAUACACGAGAGUAUCCUCGUACGUUGUAUCAUGGCACGAUCCAGUACAUGUGGGUCGUAGAACCGUAUAUGCCUGAUCGUUGCGUCCGACAGUUCGGGUGGGUUCAGGAUAUUCCGCGCGGCUUGAUUCCAUCGAUGGAGUCAUGUUCACGCGGUCUCAAAGGAGGUGCAUCGUACAAAGUCAACUACCCAUUUCCGAGUGGUAUGUGGGACAUAAUCCAGGCUCAUUCCAUUCGUGCCAACGUAUACAAGACGACACGACAACUGGAGGAAGUCGACGAACACUACAUGGAUUGGUACACAUAUUGGACUCAUCUGAAGAUCAACAACCCCGACGUAGGCCCAUAUCAACUGCAUCGAGAGAAUGUGAGGCCACCAGAUCAGCCCACUUAUUACCAGAUAGUACGUGCAUUGUACCCGAUCACCAGGACACUGGACAGGACUGGAUGCAGCAGUUUGCCGAUCUACGUGCCGACCUUGGAGAUAUCAUGCAGCCCGCCGCCCGAUAUAUUAGCAUCGACCAGGACAACGACGACGACGACGACGAUCAUGAGGUGCAGCCGCCGAGGAGAGCGAGGCGGUAGUUUAUAG